AUGGACUUCAAAUCCCUCAUGUCCGCACAAAUAGCCAAAUCCAAACCUCCGGCCUCUUCAUCAUCAUCAUUCAUAAAAGACAGCAGCAGUGCUACAACAGCAUCCGCACCCUCCUCAAAAUACCAGCGUCGCGCCGACGCCGAACGCGAACGCCAAGCCGCCUACAAAGCCGAACAAGACCGCCUUGAACGCGAACGCCUCGAGCGCGCGGCCAAGAAGCGCAAGCUCGAGGAAGAAGAGGCUGAACGGUACGCUGUGCGCGAGGAGAAGAAAAGGAGACUUGCGGAGGAGAGUCGGUUGCGCAGAGAGGAGGAAGAGAAUGAGGAGGAAAGGGCGAGGAGGAAGAGGUUAGGGUUGCCGGAACUACGGAUUGACGGUGACGAAGUAGAAAGGGAAGAGGAGGUUGAGAUUGAGGAUGAAGAGUUGAAGGGGAAGUUGAGGGAGUUUGGGGUGAGGGAGGAGGUGGAAGAGGGAGAGACGCAUGAGGCGAGACUGGCGAGGUAUUACAGAGUGAAGAGGAGGAGGGCGAGGGAGAAGAAAUGGUUUUCUGGGCCGAUUCCAACUACGAUUGAGCCUUUGCCUGCGGACGAGUUGAUAUUGCCUGAGAAGGCGCCGAGUGUGGAGGAUAGCGAGGCUUAUAUCAAGGUGCAUAGGCAGAUAUCGAGUUAUCUCAACUUUGUCCUGACGGAAUGGGGUGCUGCGCUUCGAGGACGGAAUGAAGAGGAUGCUCAGAGCAGUGCAGGAGUUACGGCAAGCAAUAAUUACAAGAUCGCAUUGGAAGAUCUGAAGCCUUUGAUGAGAAGACUUGAAGCUGGAUAUCAUUCUCCGCCGACUACCAUACCCUCCAACGGCGCAGGCAGACCAAUAGCAUCUUUGAGGAAGGAUAACAAAGAAACGCCAUCGAAUGUCUAUCAACCACUCCCUCACAAGGCCCUCCUCGUCCCUCUCAUCGAAAUCCUGCACCUUACACAAAAACGCCACUACAGAGACGCAGUCGAUUCCUACCUUCGCCUCAGUAUUGGCAAAGCAGCCUGGCCCAUUGGCGUGACCAUGGUAGGCAUUCAUGAACGUUCAGCACGUGAGAAAUUGCAUGAGGACGGGAAAGGAAAAGAUGAUGUGGCGCAGAUCAUGAGUGAUGAGACGACAAGGAAGUGGCUGCAGAGUCUGAAGAGGCUGGUUUGGGAUUUGGGCCAGUUGAUGGGAUAA